AGAAAGACUUUCAGGCAGCAAAGCUAGCUUUAGCUCCUCUGCUCAGGUAGCAGAACAAAUUGUUCUUACUGGAAACUCUGACACUUGUCUGCUCUUCAUUUGGCUCUUUAUUUCUUUACAGGAUUCACGUGCAACCCCGAUAGGAACUAUAUAGCUGUCUGAAUAGCCAAAUAAAGUAACCAGUUUUGAUAUAAAAGUGUGUAAAACCAACCUUUGCUCAGAUUGCACAGAAUCAACACGCCCCCACAGAGCUGCAGGGUGUCAGAGUGAACUCCGAGUUUGAGAGGUGUUAGGGUCAGAAAUCAGGUCACGUGUCAACAAAAGAGGGGCAUCUGCUGACAGCAUCUUUUCAAUGGACACACACUGAAAGGUUGUCUGCGUUGAAACCCAGAAAUUUCCAAUCAUGCAGCUGGAGGCUCAGCUGCGUCUAUGUCAAAGUUGUCUUAGGUGUUACACGAGUGGGCUGCGUAUGCUGUCACAGAGCUAUGCACACAGAAAAGCUGUGACACACUAUGAGCUCCUGGGAGUAAAAACUGAUGCCAGCUUGGAGGAAAUUAAACAUGCAUUUUUUGACAAAUCCAAGAAGCUACACCCAGAUAGCGACCCAUCCAACCCAGGGCUGCACAGCCAGUUUGUGGAGCUGAACGAGGCCUACAGAGUGCUGAGCAAGGACAUGAGCAGGAAGGAGUAUGACUUCAAAAUCAGACAUCCAUAUGGUGGGGGCCAGGCCGUCAGAUCUACCUCCAGUCACACCAGCCACGGAGCCAGUGUGGAUCCCCGGGAGAGCAUGCGUUAUUGGGAGCAGUUUCGUCAGUCUCACGCACAGGACAUGGCAGCAGAGGAUUGGGAGAGGAGGAGGAGGAGGAACUAUCGUCUGGUGGGCUACUGCGUCAUCACCAUGUUGCUCAGUGUUGGAGCCCACUUCAUUUUUUUUAGGAAACUGGAAGAAGUCCACAACAGCUUCAUGGACGAGAAAGAUCGAGUCAUCACAGAAAUUUACAAUGAGUCCAAAGAGAGGGCCAGAGUCAACGGUUUUAAGAAACAGACAGAAAUCCUGCGUCAGAAACACGCUGAGUUUUUGGAGAAAUACAAAAUCCCCAACGGUGGAGAGGACAAGUAGGAGAGUAUCCAGCUGUGCUCAGUGAUGACAGUGAUGGCAGGAUUUGAACUGCCUGAGGACUGAAUGUGGUACACGUUUUAGGAUUUUUAAGUUUUUCUGACUUAUUAAAGAUGUCGAUGCAGUCGGUUUACCCUCAGCUGUGAAGACGAGGACUUGCAGACGGAAAGAAAACGGUUUCAUCCGGUCACUUGAAUUUUUCUUCACCUUUGAGCUGAACUGUAUGUGAAGACUGGACUAGUCUGUUGAAGAUUUUAUAGAUGGUGUUUGAAUAUUUGAAGUGAUGUGACUGUGAAAAGGAUCCAGUCACAUUUCAUACACAUACCUCAGAGCCAAACGAACACUGUUGAACCACUUCUGAUGAACUUUAAGGAGCCUGUUAUUUAUCGCUCUCAUACUCGGUAAUGAAAACUGAUGAGUCAACUCAGGAUGAGACAAACUGUAAUAUGUUUCUUUCAGGGAGGAACUCACAUCUUUAGACGAUAUGCAAUUUCAGGAGAUUAUUGGUUAGGUGUUACACAAAGUCAAAAGUUCCACCAAUAAUGUUUUUUUAAGGAAACUACUCUGCCUAAACAAAUUGCAAUGGUGGAUCUUAUAUCCUCAUUGUCCCCUCUGUUGAGCUGAUGCAUUUAUUAGAAGGACUCCAGGACAGAUCAGUACAAUGGCUUUAUGAAGGGACUCUCUGUAGUUUGUUCAAACUCAUACUGAAUGUAAAGGUAGUUCAUGAUUAUGGCUACCUUUAACAUGCAGAGCCAGCAAAUUACCAUUUUGCCUUUUAUUUGUUAGAUUUUAGAGAUUAUUGUUGGUUUUUUCCAUUUUUGGCUGCCUUCCAUCCCUGCGCCGAAGGGAUGACAUCACAAGACGAUUAAAAGAUCAACUUGUUCUCAACAAUCA